UUUUUACAGUUUUUUUUAGCUCAUCCUUGGCGUUGGUUUCUACUUGGUCUGUUGAUAGAUUUAGAUUUCAACUUGUGUUCUCUAGUUUAGGAUAGUCUGUUAGUCCCGAAUUGGCGUAAAUAGUCGAAAUUUCUGGUUGAUUUAUUUGUCCUCCAAUAUUUGGGAUAAUUUAGGAUGAAUAAUCGAUUUAUCUAACCUGAGGUAGCUGUUGAAUGCUCUUCUUCCCUAAUCAAAAUUUCUGGUUAAUUUGCUGUUUAUGCAAAUCAACCAGAAAUUGUAUGAAUUCUUCUCUAAGUCCCUCCAACAGAAUAGAAAUUGUAUGAAUUCUUUAUUGUGUUGUUGAAUCCUUUGUUUGUGGCUUAAAGCAAAUUUUAAGGUGAUGUUUCCUUUAGAAAUUGGCUACACGUUCACGCAAGUACACAUAGGAAAUUUCACCAAAUAGGUGCCUUCUUGAAAAGAAGUGAGUUUUGAUAUCUCAAGCUUAGAAUCCACAUAUAUAACAAUAUCGGCUGGAUGAGAAAAUGGAGUUAGAAAUUAAAGAAUCACCUGCUCUUGGAAUGUUUCUUCACGUUUUAACAUGACCAUUCCCAUGUGCUCCUUGUCAUUGGGCUUGAGGAAAUUCUUCAUUGAUUUCUUUUCUAUAGCUUGUGUUUGAGUUAGACUCUGAAAUCUACACAGAAUCCUUCCUUCUAAAGAAGCUGUGCUCAGAAAUGAAUCUGGAUCACAUUUCCAGAUUCAUGUGAUAUAUUUUAUCUUAUUCUCAUCGACCUUGAAUCUGUCAAUGGAGGAAGAAGAACAGGGCAUUUAAUGUUAAACUUAGGACACAUUUUCUGCUGGUUGAUGAUAGCUAUAGCUAGAUUGCUUACUAGACGCGACUUGGAACAUUCAGAUUAGUUAUUAAAGAAUUAUUUACCCUAAGUUUCCUUUUCCUAACAGAAGAUAUUACAACCUAGAUACUGACUUGGAACAUUUUCUCUGUGAAUCUGAAUGCUAAACUUCUUUUGAUCAGCAAAUAAUAAUCUCAAUUAACCAAAUUUAUAGGAGUACACUAUUUAAUCAAAACCAUAUUUGCAUGAUUUGAACUUUAAUCUAUUUAAGCAAUAGGGCUUCGGUAUUCAUCCCAACAAUGGUUAAUUAUCUUGCACAUCUAAUUUUUAUCUCUUCAUUUUAGUGAGAAUCAUGCUAUCAUUAUGUAAUCUCUUUGUGAAGAUAAUAAAACAAUAAUAGAAAACAAAACCUUUUUUUUUAGCGUCGUGCAUGCAUGGACGUGCAUACACACACAAGGGGGAGGCACAAACCUGAGUAGAGGAAAUAACUUCUGGUGAUAAGCUCAUAUAAAAAUGACUGCCAUAAAGUGCAGAACUAACAUCCAAUCCACUGCCAACUUUCCCUUGUGCAAUACAAUGGGCAGUUUGAGAUUAAGUAAGUCACCUUUUAUAAUUUUAAUAUCUUAUUAAAUUUUAAUUUCAAUAAAAAAUUUUUAAAAUAUUGAUUAAAUUUAUCAUAUCAUAUUUAUAGAAAUACUUUAAUUGAAAAUCAGUAUAGUCCUUUUUAUCUAUUAUAUUUCUUGAUUGUGUAUAAAAUUCUUACACGACAAAUUAAAAGAAAAUUGAGGGAGUAAAAGCCUUACCAUUAAUUACAUAAGUAGUCCUAAUAUCUGAAGUUUUUUCAUUAUCAACCCUAAACUUCUUUUUUAUUCAAAUUAUAAUCUUAGGAUUAUGUUUUUGUUUAGGAAUAAAGCCUUUUAGUGCUGAAUUUCAUGUUAAUGUUCAAAAGAAAAAGUUAAAAAUAAAGGGAAAAUUACUUUUAUGUCUCUGAGAUAUAGUAUAAUUGAUGGAUUUGUUUUUAGAACCCAACGCUUUUAUUCUUUUUAGAACCCAACGUUCUAGUCCUUGAAAUUUAAUUUCAUCGAAACUAGAGGUCCCUCUCUCAAAAAAUCCAUCAAACAAAAGAAUCUCAAACUCAAUCCCCUCUCCCAAAUUUCUCUUCUGCUGAAACCUAAACAAUCUAACUUUCCCUUCUCAAUCAGUCAACACCAUCUCCCAUCAAUUCAUCACGAUCUACUAGAUCAAUUUGUUUCCCUCUUCAAGAUCAAUUUUUCACCAUUUAAGAUCAAUUCGUCUCCCUCUUCAAGAUGUUUUUCUCCUAGAUUUCCUCUCAAAGUUAGAUCAGCUCCUCACUCAUUGAGUAUUGCAACUAUUGAGAACACGUAGAAGCAAAUCAAUGGACCAACAUCUUCAUCUGGUUUUUCUUCUUCUUCUUCAUGUGACACUACGAUCUUCGAGAUUUAAUGUUUUUUUUUUUAAUUGAUUCAUAUUUCAACCGGGAUAUUCGGGAAAUGGAAGUAGUUAACAAAUGAUUGUUGUUUCUUGAUCUUCAAACGGGUUGUGGUUUCAAUAAAUUGAGAGAUUAUAUUAAAAAAACUAGACUAUUUCUAGGAAAUUUGCAGGGGUUGAGGGACUGGGGAUUUACUGGAGAUUAUAUGUGGGUUUGAUCAAAAGGAUAUUGUUGUGAUUGACGAGAGAAAUAAUAGGCCAGCAGAGGUUGGGCAAUUUGAAAUGGGAAUUUGUAUUUUGAUUUGAGAAUGAAGAGGCAAGAGAGUCGGUGAGUGAGGGAGAAUAGAGACACUGAGAGAAGAGGAUUUGGAAAUUUGAAGAAGAUGAAGAGGAUGAAAGGUUACAAGUAAUUUUUAUCAUUGAUAAGAGUAGUUUUGGAAUUAUAUUUUAAUCUCUUUCCUUUGACCAAGCUUAUAUUAUAGACUUAAUAGAAGUAUUGGAUGAGAGGACUUUGGAUUUUGACGGAAUUAAAUUUCAGGACUAAAGUGUUAGGGUUUUAAAAAUAGAGGGACAAAUAUGUUAACUAUGCAUUUUUCCUUUUUAUUAUAAUGACUAGAUCAUUAAAAUAUAAGGGAAAUAUAUAUUUAAAAAAAAGAAAGUUCUGUAUCUUCAUCAUGUUUUGAGUAGGUUAGCUUAAUUCAUUUUAAACAUUGUCUGUGUGACUCCAUGAUGUUGGCUUAAUUCCUCAUUUUCCAGCGGUAGAAAAAAAUGGUAAUGAAUAAACAAAAGAGGAAAAAGUGAAGUUAAUCUGCAAAACCAUAUUGUGAAAGGAAAAGGCAUGUGGGAACCCAGGAGCCCUGAUCCUCUGUGAUGUUUGUUUUAUAAUCAUUAUUAUUUUUUGUGUUCCUUUGAAAUGUUCUUCUCUUCAAACUUCUCCUAAAAACUGUUUGUUACAAGGAGUGAAAUGGUGGGGAUAGGCAUGAUGGUUCAUUCCAUGUGCAAGUUCUUAAUGAAAAUCAUGUAAUGGUUAUAAUAUAUUCUUAAUUUCUCAUUCCCAUUCUUUUCAUCCCAGUAGGAAAAGUCUUCCCUGUAACCGAGGCUUCCAGAGAUUCCAUUUUCUCAGAUCUCAUAGAUUAACAGAGAAAGACGCAAUGGCUAUAGUUGCUUCUGCUCCGGGUAAGGUGUUGAUGACCGGGGGUUACCUCAUAUUGGAAAGACCCAAUGCAGGGAUUGUACUCAGCACAAAUGCUCGAUUCUAUGCCAUUGUGAAGCCUCUUUACGAUGAAAUCAAACCUGAUAGUUGGGCGUGGGCAUGGACUGAUGUGAAAUUAACAUCUCCCCAACUCUCCAGAGAAAGCUUGUACAAAUUCUCACUCAAGAAUUUCACUCUUCAGUGUGUCUCUUCUAGUGCAUCAAGGAACCCUUUUGUGGAACAAGCAGUGCAAUAUGCUGUAGCAGCUGCAUGGGCAACACGUGACAAUGACAAGAACGAGUUCUUAAACAAGCUACUCUUGCAAGGUCUUGACAUUACAAUUUUAGGUUCCAAUGACUUCUAUUCAUACCGAAAUCAGAUUGAAGCACGUGGGCUCCCUUUAACUCCAGAAGCAUUGGCUGCACUUCCACCUUUUUCCUCAAUCACCUUCAAUGUAGAGGAAUUCAAUGGACAAAACUGCAAGCCUGAGGUUGCUAAAACUGGUUUGGGUUCAUCAGCAGCAAUGACCACUGCCGUAGUUGCUGCUUUACUUCAUUACCUUGGAUCGAUUGAUCUUUCAUCCUGUUGUAAAGAGAACCAAUCUUCGAAUCUUGAUAUGGUACAUAUUAUAGCCCAAACUGCCCAUUGUAUUGCACAAGGGAAAGUUGGCAGUGGAUUUGAUGUUAGUUCUGCAGUUUAUGGCAGUCAUCGUUAUGUGCGUUUCUCACCAGAAGUUCUUUCCUCUGCUCAGGAUGCUGGGAAAGGAAUUCCAUUGCAGGAAGUCAUUUCUAACAUCCUAAAAGGAGAAUGGGACCAUGAGAGGACUACUUUUUCCUUGCCACCUUUGAUGAGCCUGCUACUGGGUGAGCCAGGAACUGGAGGAUCAUCCACUCCAUCAAUGGUAGGUGCUGUAAAGAAAUGGCAGAAAUCUGAUACUCAGAAAUCCCAAGAAAUAUACAGAAAAUUGUCACAGGCAAAUUCAGCAUUGGAAACACAACUUAAUAUUUUAAGCAAGCUUGCAGAAGACCACUGGGAUGCAUAUAAAUGUGUGAUACAUGGCUGCAGCAUGAAAAAAUCGGAGAAGUGGAUUGAGCAGUCAACUGAACCCAGUCGAGAUGCAGUUGUUAAAGCAUUAUUAGGAUCAAGAAAUGCCAUGCUUCAGAUUAGGAAUUACAUGCACCAAAUGGGUGAGGCUGCAGGUGUUCCGAUAGAGCCUGAAAUGCAGACUCGACUUUUGGAUACUACCAUGGCUAUGGAUGGAGUUCUGUUAGCUGGAGUUCCUGGGGCAGGUGGGUUUGAUGCAGUGUUUGCUAUUACCUUGGGAGACUCUAGCAACAAUGUGACAAAAGCCUGGAAUUCACUCAAUGUGCUAGCCUUGUUGGUUCGAGAAGACCCUAAUGGUGUAUUGUUAGAAAGCGUAGAUCCCAGAACCAAGGAAAUCACGUCAGCUGUUUCUGCAGUUCAUAUAUGAGCAAUGAGCGAGGCAUAUUAUUUAGUUGUUGUUGAUAAACUAUGCCCACCAUCAUAAAGUGGGAAAUCAAUUUGUCAAAGGAAUUUGUGAAUUUAUUCAUGAAGAAAAACGCUUGCUAAUCAAUAGAUUUGCUUUCUGGAAUACUGUAUGCUGUCUAAUAAAUGAUUUCUCUUGCAAAUUUUA